UGCCUGCCUGUCUGUCUGUCUGUCUGUCUGUCUAUCUAUCUAUCUAUCUAUCUAUCUAUCUAUCUAUUUUUCCUGCUAUUUCUUCCACGUGCUCUAUUUAUCACUUACUCACUCACUCACCCACUCACUCACUCACUCACUCACUCACUCACUCACUCACUCACUCAUUCACAUAUAUUAGUCUCUCCUCUUCCUCGUUUUCUCUCAUCCUUUAUCCUCUAUUCACACUCUUCUUACUCUAUAAAGUAGUUCCUUUCUAUAGAGCAGACGAUAUUUUUCUAUCGCCGCAAACGCAUUCUUCCUUCCUUUCUCUUUCUUCCUCACACACACACACACACUCUCUCUCUUUUAUUCUUUUUUCUCUUUCUUCUUUUCACUUCUUCACUCAGUCAAGUUUCCCUUUCUCGUAAGCAGACGACAGUUUAUUUGCUUACUCUCUUAAUCUGUUUGUCUCUCUGUCUUUUCCCCUCUGUCUCUCACACGCUUCAUUUUCUUUACUCACUCUCUCUUAUUUUCCAGUAAGCAGACGACGGUUUGCUUUCCUCACUCUAUCAAUCUGUUUCUCUCUCUUCCUCUUUCUCUCACUCACUUCCUCUUCUUCACUCAACCUCUUUCUUUCUUUCUCUCUCUCUCUUUUCCCUGUAAGCAGACGACAACUUUGCUUUCCUUACUCCCUCACAUUCUACACCUCUCCCUCCCCCUCCUUCACUUCCUCACUCAUUCACUCAUCCAAUCCCCUCACUCAUAGUCCAGUAAGCAGACGACAGUUUUCCUGCCGCCAGACAGACGGACGGACAUGUAUAGAAAACAAUGAGGUGGAGACUGUUUUCAUGUGAAUGUUGACCAACCAACCUGCCAUGUGCUGUUCUUGCUUGCUGCCAUCGCUAUGUUUCCUAUCCCCUCUCACCAGUUUCUCUGCCUCCUCCCACUACCAUGCAAGCUACAGGUGUAUUCACAUGGCGACAGCCGAUGGACGUUAGCUUGUACCCACCAGUAGGGAACCCUUGUGCCUACUUACUAGAAAAUGCUCUAUGCUACAUUAUAUCUGGAUUGUUGCUGCUGGUUGUUGGAGUUAUUAUCACAUCACUGACUUUUCAGAACCUUGAGGACUACAAAAAUGAGCAUGUCAACCGAUACGCAGGGCCUGUCCUGAUAGGGGCAGGGAUUUUGGUUAUCGCUCGCGGUGCCUUAAGUCACCUUUGCCCCCAAAGGUCACAGUUUGCUCGGCAAAGGUCUCUGCUGCGGAGAUAUGUGAGAGAAUUGUAUACGAGGCCCAUAUUAGGGCUUCGCAAUGAUUCUUCAAAUCUCUGUGACAUACGAGUAUCAGAGUCUCAAGACAUAGCAGAAAUCCAAGAAUGUCCCAGACCAACCAGACCAACUACACCAACAUUUUUGAGUAUCCAGUACAGCCCUGGCCCGCCAUCUUACUCCAGUGCUCCAGCCACACCACGGCCAUUUUUCUUUGGCAGCCGUCUACGAAUGUACAGUGAUGACCCUCCACCCUAUGAUGUGGUCAUGAACCAAGAUUAUGUGGUCAGUGAGACUGUCACUGAAUCAAUGGCAUCAGAAGAGACCGCAGUCAACUUGGAUGAAGAGGAGGCAUUCCAGAGUGCUGAUGAAGAAUGCUGCCUGGAAGCACCACCUUCCUAUGAUGAAUUUAUGAGGACUUCCAGGUUAUGAGGUCAUGGACAGGCCUACCCAUUGGUGGCCUCCUUUCUCAUUUGGCAUUGCCCUCACCCUGCAUGGCAUGGCAAAUUCCUCUUCCCAUCACCACUGUCUAUUUUUUUUUUUUUUUGAAGAGGAAUGUUCAUUGUUGCUGAACCCUCUCAUUCUCUAUCCACUCUUUGUCCUCAAAACCCCUCUCACAUACAUCUGAUAUAUUCUCACUACUACUUCAAGGUGUUUCUGGUAAGUUCUACCUGUUUAUCAUAUGACAAAAAAAAAUGGAAACAAAAAUAUACAGAAACAAAAGAAAACUAAGUGAGGAUGGAGUAGGGUAUUCCAGAAUUUUAUGCAUGGAGUCUUUUCAUAGCAGUAAGCCAUGGUCUCUAUUGGGCUGCAGGAAGCCAGGAACUAUAAGUAAACAGGUGUGUACACAUAUGUGGACACCAGGUAAGUAGUUAGGCUGUAAGGUAGACAUGGAGGACUUUCAGUAAACUUAGAGGCUAUAAGCUUAAACUUUACAAUGACACAUCUAUACAUACACAUGCACCAAAACUAACGGUUAUAAGCUUGUUCUUUACAUAUGCAAAUACAUGUAUGAACUCAUCACAGAAAUCAAAGCUAUGGUUUGAUACUUUUAUAGCCACACAAACACACUGACACUGCUAAAAGUCUAUGGAUUUGCAAUUUCCACAUUAUUUAAACCAGUUUUGGUUGAUAUAAACCCAUAUCAUUUUUUUUACUGUGUACAGGGCCCAUAUUUAGUAGAGUAUUGGGUAUAGCUCAGUAACUUGAUUCCAGUAUAUUACUGGUACUUAUUACAGUAAAGUAUCUAAUACUUUACUGUCCCAGCCAUCUUCACCACUGCCCUAUUUUGUAACCAAUAGAGGUGAGUGCCAGGUAAUCAAAGGUAAGAUUUUCUUGAGUUGAAUCCUGUAACGUGGGUUUGGGCUUCUCUUCACUUCUAUGAAAGAGCUGAGUGGAUAAGGUAUUCAGCUACCAGAUCAUAGUUCAAACCAAUUAAAGCACAUUAGUGUCUUUAUGGUUGGAACGUUUCAUUCUUUAUUGACUCAGUUUACUUGGGUGCAGAGUAAAUAGAUACCAGAUCUUCAGGUAAAGUUUAUCUGUGAUUGACUGGUGUCCUGUUCAGGGCCCCUUAUACAUUUGUUGCUAAUGAAACCAGAAUUUAAUACCAUUUUGGCCUACUAAAUUAUGCUGAGAUUGGGGAAAUUAUCAAUACACAACAAAAGGCUGCUAGUCACCUUAGGAAAACGCAUGAAUGUCACUUCCAGCCAUCUCUUUAAAAUAUCUGGCCUUAGUUUGCAGUCAAAAGAAACCAAUUCUGAAAAGCCUACAUUAUAUUUUUACAAUAAUAUUCUAAAUCUAUCAUUGGUGUUUCAAUCCUUGCAUCUAUCUACUACAGAUAAUUGUACAAUGUUUCUAAUAGUGAUAAGGAUUUCUGAUUUGCCAAAAAAUAUACAUAUAUAUAUUUUAUAAGUAAACUUGUUUAAAUUUUGGUAAAUUUUCUUGUAUAUGUAAGUAAAACCUGGUCCAUUGGUCAGUGAGGAUUUUGUGAGUUGUGUGUUCAUGAAUAUAAGAUAUAAUUGUGGGUACUGUUUUUUUUUUGUCUUAAAUUUACCUCCUUUAUUCUUUGAGAGUCACUAACAACUAGCACUAAGUGUUUGUUUUCUUUCUUCAAUUAAGAGGGAAAUUUCAAUUAAUUAAAAAAUUUUUUGCAUAUAUCAUUCAGUACAUCAACACCUAUUAGAACAUUUUUAGAGUGCUGCAUUUAUUAAAAUAAAUGAAACUAUAUAAUACAAAGAGUAUAGUUGCAAAAUUUAUUAUAGGUACUAAGCCUAAGUAUUUGGAUCUGUACAUGCAGGGUCUACCUAAAGCAGCUCUAAGAUGUCUCUCUAAGUAUUAAUCUUGCAAAUAAAACCCCAACAUGUGCAACUAUUUUUGCUUCAAACCCUGCACUGAAAACAUACAUACACAGCAAAAACAAAAAAAGCAACAAAAAAAUCUUCAUCCUUCAAAAUUCCUCUUUAUCUCCAGCAGCUUCACUUCCAUAAACACAAAGUUACCAAAUGUGAAAACUUUUCUAAGCACUCUAAUCCAACAAGAUAACUGGUUUUAACGCUAUUCCAUCCAUUACUCUUAUACAUUGUACUUGCAAGCUUGCUUGUAUUCUCACCAAACCCUUCAAUUUUUCUCUCUCUACAAAGAUAAUCCACCAAUUGGUAGAUUAUCUUUUUGGUUUCAGUUAAUCAUCAGUAUGGUUUCUGUAGAACCAGACUGUCAGAAACUCGGUCUGUUGUGUUUUUCACUAGUAGUUCCCUACUCUUUAGAACUUCGUCAAAAGUAAUAUAGUUUAUCCUUGAUGUCAGAGAAACCUUCAACCAUGUCUUGUAUGAGAGCCUCAUAGCUAAGAUGCCUAGCUAUGGACUCUGCCUGUCUCUUAAAUCUUCCAAGUAUCUUAUCAGAUUAUUCAAUUGCAAGAUGCUCUACAUUUUAUCAGCUCUAAUAGACAACUAGGCUUUGUUAUAACUCUUAAAUUCUUGGAGAGAUGACAACCUGAACUCUUUCAACAGCUCAAAGACACAAUUACUUUGCAUAUCUUUGAAAGAGUCCUACAAAACCGCACAUGAAUAACUUAUAACUAAAACUCAAAAGUCUAGCCUCACAGUCUCUGAUAACAUUCCCAAAACUGCAUCAAAGAGACUAGGCUUUCUGUUCAGGACCUCAAUAUACUCCGGUCAUAAUUAGUUUCUGCCACCAUAGAAAGCUUAAGUAGUACAAACAUUACAGUACUAUUCAUGUAUGGUACUCUGAUGCUAAAAGAAGGUUAUUCAACUGAUUGAUAAAGAUUCACACACUGACAUUUUACAACCAGGCUCUCUUAAUAUAAGCUGCUCUGUUCCUCUCAUUAUUUCUGCUGUAUCUCAUUCUCAAACCUUACUCUAAGCUCUUCACCCAAUCUUCUGAAAACAAAACCAUAGGCAGAGAGGACAUACAGGACAUUCUUCCUCCCUAUGGUUCAGCUGAUAGAAGGCAAUGACACAUAAAAUAACGUAAUCUUACAUACACCUACAUUCUGAGUUCAAAUUCUGCUGAGGUUAACUUUGUCUUUCAUCCCUCAAAGGUUGAUAAAAUAAGUACCAGUAAAGUUCUUGGCUCUAUUCAAUUGACCAAUCCUCUAACUUAAAAAGUUGCUGACCUUUUUCUUAAAUUAGAAGAAAUUAUAAGAUGGUUAAUUUGCAGAAUCAGAGUGUUGGACAAGAAAUUGCUUAGCAGUAUUUCUUCCAGCUCUUUAUGUGCUGAGUUCAAAUGUUAUUGAGGUUGGCUUUGCCUUUCAUCCUUUUGGAGUUGAUAAAACAAUUUACCAGUUGAGUGCUGAGAUUGUUGUAAUUAACUUUCCCUCCUCUCAAAAUUGCUGUCCUUGUAUCUAAGUUAGAAAGAAUUAUUAUUAUUAUCAUCAUCAUUAUUAUUAUCAUUAUUAUUAUUAUUAUUAUUAUUAUUAUUAUUAUUAUUAUUAUUAUUAUUAUAGCCUGAACAGGAUAAACUACCCCUAUUUUGCAGAAAAAAGUGUAGGUGGUUAGUCUCAUAGCUGGCCGCCCACACUUUUUUCUGCAAAAUAGGGGUAGUUUAUCCUGUUCAGGUUAUAUUAUUAGCAUUAUCAUGCGAUUGGGAAUUUAAAAUCACUUCUUUAACUUUCUAAGACAUCUCAACGCUUCUAAAAGCAAACUUUGUUUGUUUGUUUGUUUACAUUUAUCGUAAUUUGAAUUUAACAUUAUUAUUAUUAUUAUUAUUAAUAUUAUUAUUAUUAUUAUUAAUGCAGCGAGCACUUUGUCCACCUUUAUGUUCUGAGUUCAAAUUCUGCCAAGGGCGACUUUGCCUUUCAUCCUUUCAAGGUCGAUAAAACAAGUACCAGUUAAGCACUGGGGUUGAUGUAAUCAACUUACUUACCCUGUCUCCCCAAAUUGCUGGCCUUGUACCAAAAUUUGAAAUCAUUAUUAUCAUUAUUAUUAGCUGGCAGAAUUGUUAGAGCACCAGAAAAAAUGCCUUGUAGUAUUAGUUCUGAAUUUUUACAUUCUGAGUUGAAAUCCUGCCAAGAUCAACUUUGCCUGUCAUUCUUCUGGGGUGAAUAAAAUAUAAUGUUCCAAUCAAGUACAGGGGUCUUGAUAUUGACUAACUCCACUCACCACAAAACAAUUAUUGUUAUUAUCAUUAUGACUUCUUCAAAACAUUAUCAUCAUGUACUAAUUAGAAAUCAUUAGCAUGCUGACAAAAUGCAUACCAGCAUUUCUUCUAGUUCUUUAUUAUCUGAGUUCAAAUCGCUUUAAGGUCAAGAACUUUACCUUUCAUCUCUCUGGGGUCAAAAAAUAAAGCAGUAGUCAAGUACUGGGCUUAAUGUAAUUUACUAACACCCUCUCCCAUCAAAUUACUAGCCUUAUGGCAAAAUUUGAAACAAUUAUUAGGGGAUUGACUUUGCAUUUCAACCUCCUGGGGCUGAUGAAAUAAGUACCAGUCAAAGAUUAGAGUAAAUUUUAUUGCCUAUACUCUUCACUACAAAUUUGAUGGCUUGUGCCUAUGUUAGCAUAGGGAGCUGGUGGUAUGUAUAGUAAUGUACAGAAUGAAAUACAAUGCAGCAUUCUAGGGUUUAUAAAAUAAGUACCAGUCAGAUUCUGGGUCUACUUAAUUCACCUUUCCUCAAAGUUUCUGGUUUUAUGCCUACAUUAGAAGUCAUUGUAGUUGAUUUGCAAUUAAUAUUAAAAAAAAAAAAACAACUAGUAAUAGAUAUUCAUUAUGAUUAUAAUAAUAAUAAUUAUGACUUAUAACAUAAAGGAAAAGAAAAGGAUGUUGCGAUGAUGAGAUUUGCCAGUUUCAAAAAUAAAAAUAAAAUUUACUGCCACUAGUUGGAAUUGAACUCUUGUCAGGCUAAAAAAAUGUAAGCCAUAUUAUGAAACUAUUUAUUGGAUCAGAUGUCUUGAUUGAUUUCUUAUGUAGGCAUGAGAAAAUGAAACUUUGUAUCAUUGCUGAUCUCUGAAACUGGAGUGAAUAUCAAAUUUGAUUCUGGUAGGAUUUGAACUCUGAAUGUUUUGUUCAUUUCUUUACAUUCAACCACCACGAUGAAUUAUGUUAAUAAUAAUAACAAUAAUAAUAAUAAUAACAAUAAUAAUAAUAAUAAUAAUAAUAAUAAUAAUAAUAAUGUUAAUGACAUCUCCCAUCAAAGAUGACAUAUGAGUCUUCUGUUUGUGCUGGAUGACCUUCACAGAUGCUUUGUUUAUAGUGAUCAAAUGUCCCUACAUCGAAAUGACAUUGCCUGUACUGGUGUACAAGUGUCAAAAUGAUCACAGAACAGUAUGAAAUGAAGCGUUUUGCCCAAGAACACAGCCCACCAUCCUGUCUGGGAAUUGAACCCACGGUCUAGUGAUUGUUAGUGCAACAUCCUAAGCACUAAGCCAAUAGUAAUAAUAAUAAUGAUGAAGAGGAGGAUGGUAAUAAAGGGUUUUCUUUUCAUAAAGUACAAAAGUUGUGUAUUUUGGUGAGUAAUGGGGAUGACUUUCUCAAGGGUAUUAAUAGCAUAAGUAAACUCAAAAGAGCUUUCACCAGGCAUUUAAACCUCAUCCCAAUCUCAGCUUACCCCUUGUCUGUAAUAACUACGGAACUGAGGAAUAUUUUAAAAGAUGUGAAGUUAGUCUUAGAGUGAGAAUAGUGAGAAGUUAGAGAGAAAGACUGGACAUGGGACACACACUAUUGAAAUAGUCAUUGUCUCUCUCUCUCACCUUUACCAAUGAUAGCAUUUCAUCUCAAGUAUUAUUAACCUUAUCUUUAAAGUGUAUAUGUAUUUAUAUUUACACCAUUUUGACUGGUUUGAUCUCUGAUCAUCAUCAGGUGUCUUCUCAGAUAUGUAUAUAGCCACUGACUGGUUUUUUGAUAAGGAACAUUUAUUUCUAAAAUAAAAUCACUGGUUACUAUGAUAUAACAUAAUAUGAUAUUGUAAAUAUUUACUGUAAAGAUGAGCUUCAUAGUCUGAAUAAAUUAUAAUCUUCUUACUAACAAAUCAUUUAAGAUAUUUAGACAUUUAAUAAAUACUGAAAUAAUUGAUAGAAGAACAACAACAGCCGAACAUUUAACAAUUCCUCUGUAUUUAUAUGAACUGAAAAUUAAAUACUUCUCAUAUUGUAUCGCAAAUAUAUUAAAAUCUUUUUAAAGUUUCACUCAAA